GUUGGAGCUUUCCGUGUGUGAGGGUUUCGAUGGGCUGCCGGGAGAGGUCGGUCGAUCCCGACACGGGUUUUGCACUCUAGGCGCCGGGCGACAUCGACUCGGGCACGGACGGCCAGAACAACUACGCGCCCUACUUCUUCGACACGACGACGGCCGAACCCUCGCCGGCGGGCGGGUUCCUCUUCCACACGCACAUCUGGGCGAACCCCGAGGAGAACUCGUACUUAAGGACGCUGCAGGCCGAGUGCCUCUUCCCCGACGGCUACAACGCGACGCUGGGCUUCUGGACGACGGACCUCUAUGAGGACGGCAUCGAGGGCAACGACCGGAACAACUUCACGUGCGACGCGUCGGUGAACGUGCCGCCCGUCGGCGCGCGCUACAUCGGCCUCACGUGCACGUUCCAGGCGGCCGCCGUCGCCGGCGUCACGCGGUUGGGGGUCUUCACGAUCACGUUAUCGAACGACGUGGACCUGUCCGGUCUCGUGGGCGGCGGCGUCGGCGUCGCCUGCGACGUCGUCGCCAUGGAGUCGGACUCGAUCGCGGCCAUCGGCGCGCCGGGCAACGUGCGCUCCAAGAUCGUCGACACGCCGUCCGUCGCCGCCGAGGCCCAGGUGUAUAAUGGCGACGACCCGCCGGUCAACGGCUUCGAGCCGACGAUCGCGCCGACGGCGGCGCCGUCCCUGUCGCCGACGCUCGGCCCGACGUCGUCGCCGCCGACGCCGCAGCCCACCGGGCCCUCUCCAAGUCCGACGGCGAUGCCCGUCCCGGCGCCCACUCCGAGCCCGUCGCGCACGCCGUCCGCGGCGCCGUCGGCCGUCCCGACGAUCCCGGCGCCGUCGUCGUUGCCGACGACGGCCGCGCCCACGAUCCCGCCGACGAGCGCGAUUCCGACGCUGCCGCCGACGCUGCCGAGCUGUCCGCAGCUCGGCGUGCCGGACGAAGCCGAGUGCGCCGCCGUGGCCGGAGAGCUCCCGCUUUGUAGUGAGGUGAACCUCGCGCCAAUGGAGCUCUGCACGGCCAAUUCCACAAUCUGCCCGGGCGUGCCCGAGAGCGAUUGCCUACUUCGGAGCCUGUAUCUCGGGUUGCAAGGGGUACGAGUAUGGCCAGGACUGGGGCGGCAUCCUUUGCCAGCUCAUAUAUCCGGGAAGUAUUCCCUCGUGUCCUAG